CUCUCGUGCUUAUUCUUCUUCUUUGAAUCUCUCUCUCAAUCUACCAUGGAUGAAGAAUAUGAUGUAAUUGUCCUAGGCACUGGCCUCAAGGAAUGCAUCCUUAGUGGUCUUCUCUCAGUUGAUGGCCUCAAAGUGUUGCACAUGGAUCAAAAUGACUACUAUGGAGGGGCUUCUACAUCUCUCAAUCUUACACAGCUAUUUAAGAGGUAUAGGGGAGAUGACAAGCCACCAGAGACCUUAGGCUCGAGCCGAGAAUACAAUGUUGAUAUGAUACCUAAGUUUAUGAUGGCCAACGGAGCUUUGGUCCGUGUGCUCAUCCACACCGAUGUUACAAAGUAUUUGAACUUUAAAGCUGUUGAUGGAAGCUUUGUGUAUAAUAAGGGAAAGAUUUACAAAGUUCCAGCAACAGACGUUGAAGCACUCAAAUCACCCUUAAUGGGUCUGUUUGAGAAGCGCCGGGCUAGGAAGUUCUUCAUUUAUGUCCAAGACUAUGAAGCAAAUGAUCCCAAAUCUCACGAAGGCCUUGAUUUGAACGAAGUUACCGCAAGGCAGCUGAUUUCGAAAUAUGGAUUGGAAGAUGAUACAGUUGACUUUAUUGGUCAUGCCUUGGCACUUCAUCUUGAUGACAGUUACUUGGAUAAGCCAGCCAAGGAUUUUGUAGACAGAGUUAAGACUUAUGCAGAGUCCCUCGCACGCUUUCAAGGAGGUUCACCUUACAUAUAUCCAUUAUAUGGACUGGGAGAGUUGCCUCAGGCAUUUGCACGUUUGAGUGCUGUGUACGGUGGAACUUACAUGCUGAACAAGCCAGCAUGCAAGGUAGAGUUUGACGCUGAUGGGAAAGCCAUCGGUGUGACUUCAGAAGGCGAAACGGCAAAAUGCAAGAAAGUCGUGUGUGAUCCAUCAUAUCUGCCUGAUAAGGUUCAAAAUGUUGGAAAAGUUGCGCGUGCGAUAUGUAUUAUGAGCCAUCCUAUUCCAGACACUAACGAUUCUCACUCAGCACAAGUCAUUCUGCCACAGAAGCAACUUGGUCGUAAAUCAGACAUGUAUCUUUUCUGCUGCUCUUAUGCUCACAAUGUAGCUCCAAAAGGAAAAUAUAUUGCUUUUGUUACAACAUUAGCAGAAACUGACCAACCUGAGGUUGAAUUGAAGCCUGGAAUUGACCUUCUUGGACCAGUUGAUGAGAUAUUCUAUGACAUCUAUGACAGAUAUGAACCUAACAAUGAUCAUGCUACUGAUGGCUGUUUCAUCUCUACAAGCUACGAUGCUACAACACACUUUGAGACCACAGUAAAAGAUGUGGUUGAGAUGUACAGUAAGAUCACUGGAAAGGUUCUUGAUCUUUCUGUUGACCUGAGUGCUGCAAGUGCCGCAGCUGAAGAAUAAGAUUUCUCGCAAUUAUAAGGAUGCUAUUAGAAAGAAAGCAUAUCACAUUUUUAUUUUUGAUUCCAUUUGUUUGCGUUUAGAUGAAUUAAUGGGAAGAUAAAAAAAAAUCCAUUGUUCCUUUUA